GAGAAAAAUGUCACAUCGUGGUAUUGUUCAUGAAUCUCUUCAACAACAGGAUGAGAGACGUCUUCCUUUUUGUUUGACUGAUAAUGAAUUGUUGUGCAAAAACCAAUGUGGUUUUUACGGCACCCCGCAAUGUAAAGGACUUUGUUCUCAAUGCUGGAAGAAUUAUCAACUCGAAAAUAAACGUCUGUAUGACUACAACAAAAACAAAGAAUUGUUGAGGAAGGAAACGACUGAAAGAAAUAUUAGUAGCAAGACUUCUGAUGUUAGGCAAACUUUUCGAACGCUUUUGAAGAAGUCCCCUUCAGUUUUUUCAAACGACCAAUUAACUUCUCAACAACAACAAUCAUCUUCUCUCAAUAUGGCUCCUACAAUUUUGGAUGAAAGGUCCUCAAGUCCAGACUCUAGCACAGCAUUAGCCGAUUUUCAAAAAUAUUUGUCUUCAACCUUUUCCUUUGCCGAUGCAAAAGAGUUGGAAAAACAAUGCCGUAUAUUUAUUGAAAAAUUGGCAAAGGAUGAAUUAGCUCCAAUCGAUGACUUGUCGAAUUCUGUCCAAUCAUUUUACCAAACAAUGAGAGAUGAAAUAAAUAAAAUAAAAUCGCUACCUCAAGACCUUAAUUUUGCAAAAUUUAUGACUGAAAUUGAAACUUUUGUUUGUGUAACUGGUUAUCAUAUACUUUUUGGUUCGAGGUUUGUGGGUUUUAAUUGUAAAAAUGGGGAUGAUUUGGGUUUUUUUAUUUUUGGGAAGUAUUUAUUUGUCUGCAAAAAAUAUUUUUGUCCGCAACAUUAGAAAAGUGUCCGAAAAAGUUUUUUUACUCCAGAAAUAUUGUC